CUGAGCGUACUAGUACAGUACAGGUGUGAGUAACUGGUAGAGGCGCUCCUGACAGGACCCUAGGCUAGGCUAGCUAGAUCCCUAGGCCUCAGACCCAGUGGUUUGAAGUCUAAGGGUCUGAGGGUGUGAGGGUUUUCUCUCAGCCUUGCAGUCCGCCAUAAAUACUAAGAAAUUCAUUCUUCUGAGUCACGACGUUCUUCUCUCAUACAUCCAUACUUCAUAUAUCUUUUACUGGCAACUCUUCCCAAUCGACACAUACGAAACAAUGGCCACCCAAGAAGACGAACAGUCGCUUUCCAAGCAGCUGGCCGGUAUGUCGGUUCCCAACAACAUCGUCUCAACCUCUCCCACAGCCACCUUCUCCAGCCUUCUCAGCCCGAGGGGCAGCUUCGGGCGCACUCGUGCACCCCCACCAGCAAAACAAUUGAAGCCCUUCAACACCACCGACAUCAAGAUCCUCCUCCUGGAAAAUGUGAAUACGAGUGGACAGAAUAUAUUAAGGGCUCAGGGUUACCAAGUGGAAGCAUUGAAGACUUCAUUGCCAGAGGAAGAGCUGAUCCAAAAGAUUCGGUGAGUUAUUUGUACCCUUACGCCGCGGGGCUCGGUAACCCCUCAUCCAUACAUACUGGAUGACACGUUGGCUGAUUCCAACCCAAUAGCGAUGUUCAUGUCAUUGGAAUCCGUUCCAAGACCAAGCUCUCGGAAAAAGUCCUCCGUGAAGCGAAAAACUUGAUUGUGGUUGGAUGUUUCUGUAUUGGUACCAACCAGGUCGACCUCGAGUACGCCGCACUCCAUGGAAUUGCCGUCUUCAACAGCCCCUUUGCCAAUUCCAGAAGUGUGGCCGAGUUGGUCAUUGCGGAGAUCAUUGUCCUCGCUCGUCAACUGGGUGAUCGUUCAAAUGAACUGCACAAUGGAACCUGGAACAAAGUCAGUGCCAAGUGCUGGGAAAUUCGAGGCAAAACUCUCGGUCAGUGCUUUCACAUGUUUAAUAUAUCUGCUACCAUGACUAACGGUCAGUCAAGGUAUCAUCGGUUAUGGUCACAUCGGAUCACAAUUGUCCGUUCUUGCGGAAGCAAUGGGCAUGAACGUCAUCUAUUACGAUGUCAUCAAUCUUAUGGCAUUGGGAACGGCCAAGCAGGUUCCAACUCUCAAGGACUUGCUCAACGAAGCCGACUUUGUCACUUGCCAUGUUCCCGAGUUACCAGAAACUAGAGACAUGAUUGGAGCAGCCGAAUUGGAGCAAAUGAAGACUGGAAGCUACUUGAUCAAUGCCAGCCGUGGGCAUGUUGUGGAUAUCCCAGCUCUGAUCAACGCCUCUCGAAAUGGUAAAAUUGCUGGCGCUGCACUUGAUGUGUAUCCUAAUGAGCCAGGUGCAAACGGAGAUUAUUUCAACAAUUCCCUCAACUCAUGGGGAUCGGAUCUCUGCAGCCUGAAGAACAUUGUCUUGUCACCCCAUAUUGGUGGAAGCACAGAAGAGGCCCAAAGUGCCAUUGGAGUGGAAGGUGAUUAUGCAAACUACUUUGUGCAAAUAUCUUGCAUUAGCUGACACUGUAAUAGUUAGCGAGGCACUCGUUAGAUAUAUCAAUUCCGGUGUAACUCUCGGAGCAGUAAACUUCCCAGAAGUCAACCUUCGUUCAUUGACUUUGGAUGAGUCAAAUCAUGCCAGAGUAGGCAACCUCUCCUUCCAUUUUUGUGCGUCACUAAUAAAUCUCAGGUCAUCUACAUCCAUCGCAAUGUUCCUGGUGUGUUGAGAAAGGGUAAGCGGCAAGCCACUCUUUCGUGGGUCAGUAUUAACGUAUUUCCAGUCAACGAAAUCCUCGGUGAUCACAACGUCGACAAACAAAUCACCGAUAACAAGGGAGAUGUAUGAUUGCAACUCCACUCAACAUUUGAAAAUAUACUGAUCAUAAAAUAGGUCGCCUAUCUUAUGGCCGAUGUCAGCGAUGUCAACAACAGCGAUCUCAAGGAAAUCUCCGACGCCUUGGAAGCACUUAGCUGUAACUAUUCUACACUCACCAAUUGGAUCACCAGGAGACUAACACUAUCUUCCAGCCCGUAUUCUGACCCGUGUUCUCUAUUGAAAAAAAACUUUUAUGUUAUAGACAUAGUUGGAAGCGAUGAGUAAUGAUCUCAACACACCAAAAAACAAUGGCUGCAUUCAACCGGAGCAUACAGGCGUACUUUUUUCUUUUUGGAAUAAGAAGUGCAUAAUUCUUUUCAA